AUGAUCUUUGCCGUCUUUGUUUCACUAUCAUUGAUUGUUUAUAUUGCCGGCGCCCAAACCCAGAUUUUAUACGGUAUCCUUAGUAUCACCAAGAAUCCAGGUGACAUCACAGGUUCCUUAUCUCUCUAUGCUGAAAUUAUUGCUCUCUUCGGUGUCAUUGGCUGGUGCAUGGCUGCAGAUCAUAUCGGUCGUCGUGGUGUCAUGAGUUGUUCCAUUGUACUUAUGGGUGCUGGUGUCGUCAGUUAUUCAUAUAUCUCCAAUGUCUAUCCUCAAAUGCUCAUCAUUCGUCUUGUCUUUUCCAUUGGUUCUUCAGGCUCUACUGCCAUGAUGGUUGCCAUGAUGAUGGAAGUUGCUCACGGUAAAGGUGGUCUUGUUGCUGGUAGUAUCGGUAUUGCUUCAGGUCUGGGUGCUACUUUUGCUGCUCUCUGUCUCUUCUUGGUCCCUGCUUUACUCUCUCUUAAAUACCCAGACGGUUUUGAUGGUUUGAUCUAUUCCAAUGCCAUUAUUGGUUCCACUGCCAUGGGUCUUGGUGUAAUUUUAUUCUUUUGUAUGCCCAAGGAUUCUUGCAAGCGUCCACCUGUCAAUCACUUUAAGGGAUUUUUCUUAAAGAUUUACAGUGGUAUUAAACUCGGUAAGGAACCUAGAAUUGCUCUUGGUUAUGCCUCUAGUUUCUUUGCUCGUGCUGAUGAAAUUAUCAUUACCAACUUUUUGGUGCUCUGGGUCACUCAAUAUUAUAUUGAAGCUGGUAAAUGUAAGCCAGGAUCCACUUGUCUUUAUGCUUUAGCCUCUUCUUCUUCUUUAUCUGGUUAUGCGCAAUUGGUUGCACUUGCUGCGACAGGUUUCUUUUCCUUGGCUUCUGAAUAUGCCCCCAAGGAAUGGGCCGUCUUUAUUGCUGGUGUUGUGGGUGCAUGUGGUUGUAUCCCUUUUGCAUUCUCUAUUGAUCCUACUAGUAAGCUCUCACUUGGUUUUGUCAUUUUGAUUGCUGUAGGACAGUACGGUAUGAUUAUCUCGGGUAUGGCGAUGGUGGCCGGUGACUUUAUUGACAGAAAAGAUCAUGCAGCUGUCAGUGCUACUUAUUCAUUUAUUGGCGCUAUUGGUAUUAUUAUCCUUUCCAAAGUCGGUGGUGUCUUGUUUGAUCGUUGGAUGAAGGGAGCUCCCUUCUUGUUGCUGGGUAUUGGUCAUUGCUUGAUGAUGGUUGGUUCCGUACUUGUAUAUGGACAACGUUUCAUUUCAGAACGUCGAAAGAAGUCUACUGUUACUACUCCUUCCUAUAUCAUUGACAACUAA